AUGAAAGGUGUCGAGUUGAAUUCCAAGGAAAACCCUAACGAAGAAAUUACUGCUGCUACUGCUGCUGCUGUCGGUAGGGUUAGUGGUGAUAGUGAUAGGGAUGAAGAGAAGAAACCGAAAGUGGUUGUGGUGAUGGGAGCGACUGGUGCAGGGAAAUCACGGCUGGCGAUUGACCUAGCUUCCUACUUCCCCGUCGAGAUCAUUAACGCGGACUCUAUGCAGAUCAUUCCUUCAGAAUUUGUUCUCUUAUUUAAAUGGAAAGAAUAUGCUUUUAUUUUUGCAUGUGUUUUAUCACCUGUUUUAGUGGAUUUUCAGAUCAUCAAUAAUGUUUUAUUGCGCAAUCAACUGCCAGUCAUUGUUGGGGGAACAAAUUACUAUAUCCAGGCUCUUUUAAGUCCAUUCCUUAUAGAUGAUUUGACGGAAGGUUUGGAUGAAUACUGUUUGAAUGAUAUCUCUGGAGAGAAGCCACUAGACCACGAAGUUGACUUGGCUGGUGAUAAUUUGAGUAAUUUUGACCGUCUUAAAGAGCUUGAUCCAGAUUCCGCGAACAGGAUUCAUCCAAAUGACCAUAGGAAAGUAAAUCAUUAUCUUAAUUUGUAUGCUCACCGCAGUGUUCUCCCUAGCAAACUGUUUCAAGGAAAGGCUGCAGAGAGGUGGGGUCGAGUGGAUGAUUUCAGAUAUGAUUGCUGUUUUAUAUGUGUGGAUGCUUCUCUCCCUGUGCUGGACCAAUUUGUGGAGCAAAGAGUAGAUCACAUGAUUGAUGCUGGUUUACUGAAGGAAGUCUAUGACAUCUACAGCCCAUACGCAGAUUAUACUCGAGGCUUAAGGCAGGCUAUUGGUGUUCGGGAAUUUGAGGAUUUUUUAAGAGUUCACAGAACAGAAACUUCUUAUUCUCAAACCACAGAUAAAGGUUAUGACUCCACUGCUGGGGCCAGCAUCACAAUGCCAACAUUCAGGAAUUGUGAGAUACUGCGAGAGAACUUCAUGGCAGUUCUGAAUUCUUCUGAUGAUAACCCUAAAAAAUUUCUGCUGAGAGAAGCCAUUGACAGGGUGAAAAUGAACACUCGAAGGCUUGUUCGUCGCCAAAAGAGGAGGCUCAGUCGGCUACAGGCAUUUUUCGGAUGGGACAUGCAUUAUGUUGAUGCAACCGAAGCUUUAGAUUACGGCUCUGAUGAAUCAUGGCAUAAACAAGUGGUCCAACCGGCCGUCGACAUAAUCAAAUCAUUUUUGUCCGAGGAUAGAAGCUCAGGUCUCAAGUCAGACACACUCAAUGUUACAGAGAGGCAAAAAUUUGUGCCUAGGGACUUGUGGUCCCAAUAUAUUUGUGAGGCCUGUGGGAAUAGAGUUCUGCGGGGAGCACAUGAAUGGGAACAACACAAACAGGGUCGUGGACACCGAAAACGAAUUGUACGGUUGAGGAAGUCUUGGAGUUCUCGUUUGCUAGAAGAGCAGCUGCCUGGAUCUGAAUAACCAAAGAGUAUGUGCCACGUUAUAAGAGUCUCUCUACAUUGGUUGCUUCUGGUGAGACUUAUUUGCAUGCCUUCCUAAUUAAAUCCAAGGGAAGCAACUGAAUUUGAAGAUAUAGCAAUCACGACUUGAAUAGUUAUGCUUUUAUUUGUUAAUUUUUAUUUUUAU